AUGUUUUCAUCCUGUCAUACUUGGUUGGAAUGGUAUUCCUCUACAGACAGUUGUGUCAGGGCUCAGUGCACUCCACCUGCAGAUGGCACCUCAAACUGGAUACCAACCUCUGUCCAAGGCUGUGACCCACCACCCCUGGAACCUGGUGCCAACAAAGUUCCAGACACUGGGUUUCACAUCAUCCUUGAACUUCAGAAAUAUUCUGAGUAUUUAUAUAAGCCGCUUGGUAUUUUGGCCAAGGUUUCAAAGAUAAAAAAGAGCAGAGCACAUUCAGGAAGUACAGAAGAGAAGAGCCAAUGUGUUAAGAACCAUUGGAAGACAGAGGUCACAAAUGAGAAACCCUACAGGGAUAAACCGAAGGUUCUGAUUUUUAUCUUUCUGUCUCUGACCUACAUGCUGAGUGUAACUGGGAAUUUGACCAUCAUCACCGUCACUUUGAUGGAUCCCCAUCUUAAAACCCACAUGUAUUUUUUCCUUAGGAACUAUUCCUUCUUAGAAUUGUCAUUCACACCUGUCUUUAUUUCCAGAUUUCUGUACAACAUGUCAUCUGGGGACUAUGCUGUGACCUAUAAUGCAUGUUUCACUCAAUUAUUUUUUGUUGUCCUCCUUGGGGCCUCAGAAUUUUUACUCUUGGCUGCCAUGUCUUAUGACCAUUAUGUAGCCAUCUGCAAACCUCUGCACUAUACCACCAUCAUAAACAACAGAGUCUGUAACCAGCUCCUCCUGUCUUGUUGGCUGUGUGGGUUAAUGAUCAUCCUUCUACCACUUGGUAUGGGUCUUGAGCUAGAAUUCUGUGACUCCAAUAUUAUUGAUCAUUUUCUCUGUAAUGCAGCACCGUUUCUGGACUUCACAUGCUGUGAUACACAGGUACUAGAAAGAAUGAUUUUAGUCUCUGCUGUGUUGACUCUCAUCAUCACCUUAGUGUUAGUGGUUCUAUCUUGUGCCUAUAUAGUCAGGACUAUUCUGAGAUUGCCUUCUGCCCAGCAAAGGAAAAAAGCCUUUUCCACUUAUUCCUUCCACAUGAUUGUUGUCUCCAUGACUUAUGGAACCUGCAUCUUCAUCUAUAUCAAAACUUCUGAAAAAGAAGGGGUGGCUUUGAAUAAGGUGGUGUCCAUACUUGCGACCUCUGUGGCACCAGUAUUGAGCCCUUUUAUAUACACCCUGAGAAAUAAACAAGUGAUACAAGCUUUUAGAGACACAUUCCUAAGGAUUAUAUUGAUUUCGAAGCAAAAGAGGUAA